AUGGGUCGCGAACUACAGAAGCGCAAGCGGCGCUCGUCGCGCGCCAAGGUCACCAUGCCCAACCGGCGCAAGAAGGCGCUGAACCCUUUCGGCAACGACAUUAUCGCAAAGGCCUGGAACAAAAAAGAGACCCUCUCGCAAAACUACACGCGCUUCGGGCUCGUCGCCAAGCUCGGCAAAGCCACCGGCGGCGCCGCACCCAGCAACCGCUCAACCCUCUCCACCCCGACCGACCCGCUCGCGGCGGCGGCCGCCGACCGCGCGCACGGUCUGCUGCGGGUGGGCGAGGUGCGGGUGGAGCGCGACGCGGACGGGCGCAUCACGCGCGUGGUGCGCGACGAGAACCCGCUGGGGGAUCCGCUGAACGCGCUGGACUCGGACGACGAGGGGGAGGCGGGCAUGCAGCUGCGGAGGGAGCAGGCGCAGGCGCAGGCGAGGCGGGCGGGGUAUGAGGAGUGGAGUGGGUUUGGGGAUGCGGGUGGUGCGGAGGGGGAGGGGGAGGGGGAGCGGCCGGAGGUAUUGCGGGCGCUGGAGCGCGAGGCGGAAUAG